CCUCGGUAGUCCACUCCCUUUUCCUUGCUUCAACUGAACUCCAAGCCAACCCAUCCACCGUUGACGCUCCUCCUCCUCUCUUCAGUGCGUUGAACCUUCACCUACCCCUCAACUCGCGUUUGCUCUGCAUCGCGCUCGAUUCUGUAACUCAGUCCGCUGGCAGUCUCUGUGAGGAUGGGAAAUUCGGACCCAGUUCACAGAGUCCUCUGCAUCGGAACGGCCGAUACGAAGCUGGAGGAGCUGCGUCUCCUCUCCGACUCGGUGAAAUCCAGUCUCAGUAAUUUCUCCGCCGCCUCUCGUUUCAAGGUUGAAGUGUCCAUUGUUGAUGUAUCAGCUGGGCCGGUCGAGAUCGAGGGUGUUGAAGGAUUCCCAUUUGUUUCGAGAAAGGAACUGCUGUCCUGCUACUUUGAAUUGCUUGACAGAAGCCCGUCCCCUCUUCCAAGCGAUAGAGGGGAGGCGGUGGCCGUUAUGAGCAAAGCCCUUGAGUGUUUCUUGAAACGUAGUCUCAGUGAUUGCGUCCUAGUGGGAGCUAUUGGAAUCGGAGGAAGUGGAGGAACGUCCCUUAUUUCGACAGCAUUUAAAGUUCUCCAGUUGGGGUUGCCUAAAUUGAUAGUUUCGACAGUGGCGAGCGGGCAGACUGAACCAUAUAUUGGGUCUUCAGACCUGGUGUUGUUUCCUUCGGUGGUGGAUGUGUGUGGGAUCAACAGUGUGAGCAGGGUGGUCUUGUCCAAUGCUGGUGCUGCCUUUGCUGGGAUGGUGGUGGGAAGACUGCAUAAGUGUAGGGAGUCUGCUGAAGCAACUACGAAACCGACGGUUGGUAUUACUAUGUUUGGGGUUACCACACCUUGUGUAAAUGCUGUCAAGGAGAGGUUGACUAAGGAAGGUUUCGAGACUUUGGUUUUUCAUGCUACUGGGGUCGGAGGCAAGGCAAUGGAGUCUCUGGUUCGUGAGGGAUUUAUACAGGGUGUGUUGGAUCUCACAACAACUGAGGUUGCUGAUUAUAUAGUUGGUGGUGUCAUGGCUUGUGAAGGUUCUCGUUUUGAUGCCAUGAUAGAGAAGGGGGUGCCUUUAGUACUGAGUGUCGGUGCACUAGACAUGGUCAACUUUGGAGCUAAAGAGACCAUACGAUCUACUUUUCAGCACAGGAAGAUCCAUGUACAUAAUAAGCAGGUUUCACUUAUGCGAACCACGGUUGAUGAGAAUAAGAAGUUCGCCGAAUUCAUUGCAAACAAAUUGAACAAAUCGUCAUCUAAAGUUCGUGUUUGCCUCCCAGAAAAUGGCAUUUCUGCUUUAGAUGCACCUGAGAAGCCAUUUUAUGAUCCUGAAGCUACAGCCACUCUUAUCAGAGAACUAAAGAAUCGCAUCAAGAUCACUGAUGAUCAGCAGAUAAAAGUGCUUCCUCUUCAUAUUAAUGACCCCGAAUUUGCAAACUCUAUUGUCGAUUCAUUCUUAGAGAUCAGCAAGGAUCUAAAAGACUCCACUCUACGAGUUGCUAAAUCUGGUUCUGAUCAUGACAUCAAUGAGAAAUAUGAGACUUGUACUGUUCCUUCGAGCUCCUGGUCAAGUAUUUACUCCCCAAGUGACUUCCCAGAUGCUAGACCAGAGACUCUGAAAAGAACUCGAGAAAUAUUGCAGCAGCUGCAAGAACAAAUAAAGAGGAGGAUUCCAAUAAUUGGGGCUGGUGCAGGGACGGGGAUCUCGGCAAAGUUUGAAGAAGCAGGUGGUGUUGAUUUGAUAGUCCUGUAUAACUCAGGCCGUUUUCGCAUGGCUGGAAGGGGUUCCUUGGCAGGUUUAUUACCUUAUGCUGAUGCAAAUGCUGUUGUGCUCGAAAUGGCAAACGAAGUUUUACCAGUUGUCGAGUCUGUACCUGUUCUUGCUGGAGUAUGUGGGACUGAUCCUUUCCGCCGAAUGGAUUACUUCCUGAAGCAAGUUGAGUCCAUUGGAUUCUGUGGUGUGCAGAACUUCCCUACAAUGGGGCUAUUUGAUGGUAAUUUCAGGCAGAAUCUGGAAGAGACUGGAAUGGGAUAUGGGUUGGAGGUUGACAUGAUUGCAAAAGCUCAUAAAUUGGGUCUCUUAACUACUCCUUACACGUUCAAUGAAGAUGAAGCAGUGGAAAUGGCGAAAGCAGGAGCUGAUAUUAUAGUGGCUCACAUGGGACUCACCACUUCUGGGUCGAUUGGUGCAAAAACUGCUCUCUCAUUGGAGGAAAGUGUAGUCCUCGUGCAAGCUAUUGCAAACGCCUCUCAUAGGAUCAAUCCCAAUGUAAUCGUGUUAUGUCAUGGAGGUCCUAUAUCUGGUCCUGCAGAAGCAGAAUACGUACUAAAGAACACUAAUGGAGUUCAUGGGUUCUACGGUGCAUCCAGCAUGGAGAGACUGCCAGUUGAACGGGCAAUCACGAGCACAAUCCAAGAAUACAAGCUAAUAUCUCUCAAAUGAGGUCAAUGCGUUUUUAUGCACUGUUGUCUCAUCAGUACUUGAUAUUUUUCGAUGUGAUUUCUGUAAAACACUGAUCUCCAAUAAAAAAAUGGCUUGAUUGUUGAAA